UUACGAGGAGACCGUGAACGCAUCAUAAGGAUCAACCUGGAGGAGAGUAAAACUCGCUGCAGCCGAACAGAAACCGCGAACACAACAAGUUUACACAAUAAUGGGACUUCUGCGGUGUUACUACACGGUACAGAGGCGUUUUUAUUGACCGUGCCGGUGUCCGUCAACAACUUUUAGUCGUGAAAUUAGUCGACGUGUUUUUGGCGGUCCAGCUGACACAAGAGUUCUGCUUUCGGUCGGAUGGAAGUGAGUGAGACAGGUCAGUUUUAAAAGACAGACAGACAGACAGACAGGUCGGUUUAACGGCUGCCUUUGAGGACAGUAAGUGUCUCCCCAGUUCAAUGUCCACAUUAAACUUCAGUGAGGAGCUGGACUUCAGACUGAUCUUUGAGGAGGACGGCAGACAGACAGCAGGUCCCGAUCUCGAUGUGAGGACACCUCCCUCCUCCACACAGGCUCUGGCCGAGCAGCCAGUCAUCCAGGAGCUGCAGAGUCACCCUGCAUGUCUGCCUAUCCCAGGCGACUACCAGCAUGUUGGCUACCAAUCCCAGGGACCCCAGUACAUGGCCCAGGGGAACCCCAGAGCAUUUGACUGCCCAAGUAUUCAGAUCACCGCCAUCGCUCCUAACAACCAUGUGGAGCUGGGUAGUAGCCAGGAAGCUUUGGUGGUGGGCGGGGCAGAGGGGGGUUACUCUGAGGGGUCCUGGUCGAGAGGCCAACUGUACCUGCCACUGGAUGCCUGCUACAGGGACACAGCACUGUGCCCAAGCCCUUGUAGCAGCCUGUCCUCCAGGAGCUGGAUGUCUGACCGCUCAUCCUGUGAGUCCUUCUCCCACAUCUACGACGACGUCGAGGGGGAGUUGCGUGAUGCUGCCCGUCUCGCCCUGGGGUCCCCCCUCGGGUCACCACUUGGGUCCCCAGGUUGUGGGGGAGGGGCCUUUGGGGUGGAGCUGUGGCAGCAGAAGUACCAGCAUCCUCAGGCCUUCAGCCCGGCGCUGUCGCCUUAUCAGUCACCCCGUCAGUCACCCUGCCACUCCCCUCGCACCAGUAUCACUGAAGAGAGCUGGCUGAACCGCCGGCCCACCUCCAGACCAUCAUCAAGGCCGACCUCCCCCUGCGGGAAGAGGCGCCACUCUGGUGCCGACCCAUACGCCCGCUCACCCUCCCCUCACCACUCACCCAGCCCUACCCCGGGCGCCUCUCCACGGGGCAGUGUGACUGAUGACACUUGGGUGGGAAGUCCUGCAGACGCCCUGGGAACCCUGUUGAUGUCUGGCUACCAGGAUGUCCCCUCCAAGACCAGGAGGACAUCAGGGAGCCAGCUGGGCCUCCUGGCUGGUCAAGGCGACCCUGGGCUUGAGCCCUUCCAGGAUUCCCCUGGAGAGGAGGGACGUGAGCUGUUUCUUCAGGUGCCCUCCCACUUCAGCUGGAACAAACCCAAACCUGGAAACCCUCCUCUGUUCAGGACCUCAUCACCUCCUCCUCUGGACAUGCCUCUGCCCAACCAGUUUGACCAGUGUGAGCUGAAGCUGGAGGUCCAGCCCAGAUCCUACCACAGGGCGCAUUAUGAGACAGAGGGCAGCAGAGGGUCCAUUAAGGCAGCUAAUGUAGGACAUCCUGUUGUCAAGUUGAUUGGAUACAGCGAGCAGCCGGUCAGCCUGCUGUUGUUUAUUGGAACUGCAGACGACCGCUACCUUCGCCCUCAUUCCUUCUACCAAGUACACCGGGUAACGGGGAAGAUGGUUACCACCAACUGCCAGGAGAAAAUUAUGGGUUGUACUAAAGUCCUCGAGAUCCCUUUACUUCCAGAAAACGACAUGUCCGCUAGCAUUGACUGUGCCGGCAUCUUGAAGCUGCGUAAUGCUGACAUCGAGCUGAAGAAAGGAGAAACAGACAUUGGACGCAAGAACACAAGGGUGCGGGUUGUGUUCAGAGUCGCCAUCCCUCAGCCGGACAGCCGGAUGUUGUGGCUGCAGACAACAUCUGUUCCUGUCGAGUGCUCUCAGCGCUCAGGGCAGGAACUUCCUCAGGUCGAGAGCUUCAGUCCAGCUAGCUGCUCUGUGGACGGAGGAGAGGAGCUCCAUAUCACUGGAUCCAACAUCUCCACACAGUCUAGGGUUGUUUUCAUGGAGAAGGGUCCUGAUGGACGAUCACUGUGGGAAAUGGAAGCCAGAGUUGUGCCAGAAAAAUGCAGUGGAUCCAGCAUUGUGGUGGAGGUUCCUCCGUAUAAUAAGAGGACAACAGAUCCCGUCCAAGUCCAGUUCUACAUCUCAAAUGGGAAGAGAAAAAGGAGUCUGACGCAGAGCUUCACCUACUUGCCUGGAGUCAUAUCUCACCUCCCUGUUGCUGCAGUCAAACAGGAGCGCUGGGAGACAGACCACGUCUCCCUCAAUCCACUUGACUUCUGUCCGAUCUCCUGCCAGGUGCCCUCCUGUGACCGAGCGAGACCGGAUGUUGUUUAUUACGAUUCCUGUGACAUCCCGGUGCAUUGUGGUCCUCCUUCGGAGAACACACCUCGUCUUCAUCAUCAUCCUCCUCCUCCCCCCUCUGUCCCCCUUCAGACCUCCUUAAUGUUCCCUCACACCUCCUCGAUGCCGCUUCGCACUUCGCCGUCCGUACCCUCACAGACCUCCAUGGUCACCCAGACCUUGAUUCCUCUUCCGACCUCCAUCAUGCCUCAUCAGAUCUCCACGAUAUCUUCCCAGGCUUCUUCAGUGUCUCUUCAGACCUUCAAUAUCCCUGCUACCACCUCCUCCGGUGGACCCCAGAGGGAACCCUCUCCUUCUCUGAGUUCCAGAAGAGCUUUUGUGACCCCUGCUGAGCCCCAGAAGGACUCUCUGCUCGCCAGCCCAGGAGAGGUGCCGAGCAUCAAGCAGGAACCAGAAGACUCCCAGCCAAAUCCAGGAUCUUUGGGCCUCCAGGAGAUCACGCUGGAUGAUGUCAAUGAGAUAAUCGACAGGGACAUCGGCAGUCUGAGCAGCAGCGCACAGCCUGACCAGUUUGACCAGUUUGACCAGUACGACUGGGAGCACAAGUCCAAUGACGCUGCCUUGCCGUUCUGUGGAGGCCCUCAGUAGUUGCACUGCUUCCUCAGGAGACCACUCCAGCGCUUCUUCAACUGAACGCUCUCUGGAUGAAAACCAAAAAAAACAAAAACAAGCCGGCGCUCACGUUUGCACAAAGUGCCUGAAAACCAAUCAGCAGCCUCGAGUCGACGAGCCUGCGUGCUCGUCUCAUCAACUCGUCUUGUCAGGGUAUCAGAUUACUGUUUCUUCAUCUGUCUCAGGAAUUUUUUUCACAGACAAACCAAAGAUUUUUUUUUUUAGCCCUCCACAAUCGAAUUGGAAGAACUGUAGCAUACAACCAAAGGGCUGUAAGAGCGGUGCUUAAAUCAGUAAUAUCAUUACAGAAGCUUAAGGUCGCACAAAAAAGAGAAAAUUAUGUCAUUAUUUAUUGGCCAAUUAAUUAAAAAAAUCUAUUUUUGAUACUCUGGAUCUAAUCCAGUAUAAAAUUAAAGUCCUUCAGCUCAUUUUUAUAUCUUGGUUUUACUCUCUAUGGUUUACAUUUCCUUUGCUGAAUUACAUUAACGCUGUUCAACCUGAACUGUUGGUGUGAAGCUUCAAACACUGAAUUAUAGAAACGUGUCAUAAGGUUGACGAAAAAGGAGAAGAGGGGUUGGAUGUUUUGUGUUUUGAUAAAUCUCUUGAUGAAUGAUGAGCUGUAAAAUAAGUUUAUUCUGUGUAAACCGUUUCGAUAAAGGAUUUUUAGAAC